GUGUUUCAGCGGUCGACGGAGAUGAAGCCCUGAUGAUAUUUUUGACCACUGUCCAAUAACGUCGCCCACAGUGACCUAAUACCUGAAGUAAAGCUGGGGAGGAAAUGUAUUGGUGAAUGCCAUGUUCGUAAUGCUGAAUAUCGAUCGGUCCGCCUCGUACAGCGUUCUGAUUAGCGGAGGCUGCACUGGCGUUGCCAUGGAGAUGAUGUCAUCGUCUGCAUUAUGUUUAUUGAUUAUUCCAGCGAGAAGACAAAGCUGAUGAAUGAUGGUGGCACUGCUUGAGCGUAUCUAGGCCGCCAUUUUCAGACCAGUCGCUGUGAACGUCGGAAUUGCCACUUGUUCGAGUGGUCGGAGACACAGGAGGGUUUUAUAAACAGUUCCUCUAAACAGAGUGAUCAACCCAACGGUGUCGGAACCACCAUCUUUCCAGUGCCCUGUUUCUAUCGUGUCCGUGAUCAGGAAUUACAUUAACGAUGGGAACGGUGUUGUCGUUUUCUCCCCGACCCCGGAAACCUCUGUACGAAGACAUCAACCUCAACAACUUCAACUAUGAGGUUCUCCACAACGUCAAGAACCAAGCGAAAGACAAGGAGAAAGAAAAGGAGAAGAACCUGAAACGCCAUUCCAUCUUCCUCAGUGCCCUCAGCUGGAAGAAGUUCACCGUGAAUAGCAAGAAGAAGGAGAAAGGUCUUAUCAAACUCUCCAACACAACGUUCCUUGCCAGUAAGUUUGACAAUAACUGUAACAUUGAGAAUGUUAAUAUCAACAAAAACAUCCAGAAAUCCAUAUCUUGCUAUAACCUUAAAACCGGAAUCGAUGAAAGUCAAUCUCAGCAUUCUAACCUUGUUAAGAAAGUGGAAAAAUGUCUCAGCCCAAAGCGAACCGUGAUUCAAGCCUCCACGUCAGAACUGUUGAAAUGUCUAGGAGAAUAUUUGAAGAAGAAGUGUAAAAAAUUACGUCAUUUUGAGGCAAGUGAUGUAAUUAUGUGGCUCCGAAGCGUUGACAGGUCUCUCCUUCUACAAGGAUGGCAGGACGUCGCGUUCAUCAACCCGGCGAAUGUUGUGUUUGUGUAUUUGCUUAUACGAGAUAUGGUCACCAGUGAUACGGAGUCUGAACAUGAUCUACAGGCCACUGUUCUCACGUGUCUAUACCUUUCCUAUUCAUACAUGGGUAACGAGAUCAGCUACCCUCUCAAACCAUUCCUAGUGGAAGAUGACAAGGACAGAUUCUGGGACCGAUCCCUUGUCAUAGUAAACAGGCUUAGUCCGAGUAUGCUACGGAUUAACAGAGACCCAAGCUUCUUUACAGAGAUUUUCACAGAACUUAAGUCAUACUCCCCUUGCAUAUGACAGACUUGAUCGACUGUAAACAAACAAGAUCGAUAACCUGAAACGGACAGUAUGCCGACCUGGUCUAUGUAACAUAGCUAGGGAAAGGCUUGGUUUGUCUUGUGAGAUUCAAGAACAACCUAAAUGUGAUACAGACUACACAUAAGACUUUAGGGGAAAAUGUGUCCCUUUUUCGGAAAUGCAACCGCCUCUGGAUGCCGCAAGGCCUCAUUUUUCCAAAGAUACAUAUCUGGUUAUUACUGGACCCAGCCCACAGGAAUAUUUCCUUCACCAACAUAGCGUUCGUUCUUGUUUGUAUAGUGACUAUGUGGACUCUCGAAACGAUAACAACCAGAUUCUCCAGAAAUGAUUCCAUAAAUUGGGCCAGUGGCACACGCCUGUUUAGUCGUAGUCAGGUUCGAAAUACAAGUCUGCCUGCGAGAUGCUGAUAAUAUUGGGUAACACAAUGGCGGACGUGUAGCAGACGAUUUGACUUACUCGACGCUUCCAAACAAUAUACUGUGAAUAUAUUUUAUUUUACUGUGUGGAUAUCCCGAAAUCCAAGACCGUGCUUACUUCGAGAUAGCAUAACGCUUCCGGAGCAGACGACAGCUGGCUCGAAGUCAAGACAAGUGGACAUUUUCAGAUCAUGUGAGCACAAAACGACAAUGUUAUCUCUGAUAAUGUCCCAAUAACGGGGAGUACAAUAUUUCAUAUGAAACAAAUCCAUGAAACCUCUGAGCUUGGAACCUUGUGUUAGUCACGUGAUAGUAUACGUGCAGUCAUAUGUUCAAGGUUGACGGAGAAAUCAAUAUGCCAGUAUAAGCUUGUGAUGAAUGAGUAACUUUUGUACAAAACAGCAGAACCGUGGUACUGCAUGGAUAAUCAACGUGCGAUAUCGCUCUCAGAUGUUCCCGUCUCGUGGAGAUUGACAGUAGACAUAAUACUGUAAGGACUCAUACCGUCAAUAAAUUGUGACGUUGGUUCCAAAGACGUUUCGGUGUACGCAGAAACCAUUCCAGCGGUGAAGUGUUCUACAGUCACCGAAAUCAAUAUCAGCCGCGGGCGGGUUCUCGGCGUUCAAUAUCACUCCCGUGUUGAGCAUUCCGAUAGAAUGUUGCACCGUGACUGCUGUUGAAGGUUGAACGAUGUAAUAAUGUGUGCGAGAUGGACGCCAUGGGGCGUCUCGCGGGAGGGGGAAUUGCGAAUUGCUUCUGUUAUUAUUUAUAAAGUUGAUUUCAUGUCUCUUUAUAUAUCGAUCAUGUUAAUAACUUUUUAACUAACGUG